AGGCCCAAGCGAAACCUUUUACCUCACUCUCUCUUUUCUCUUCGAUGUUAACCAUCACCGGAAAUCGUCCCGCCGUGCCGGAGGUGGCGGGACACUACAAAAUCCAACAUUUUGACUACGAAUACAAAUCUCUCUUCUCCCUCUAUCUAAACCCCAUGCUCAUUUUUUCAAUAAAGCUUAAAAACCCACCUUAAUCUUGCUUUUUUCAAUGAAACCCUAAGGCUAAGCUCUACUUCUUUCAGAGCUUUGAUGAUAAGCUCUGAAGAAGCUGGUGAUGGAGCUUUAGAGUGAUUUUCGUGAGGGUUUCGGAAUUGAAUUUGGCAGGGGUUCUUUAGGGUGAAAUUGCCUCAUGAUGAAGGAAGAGAUGUAAGGUUUUUAUAGGUGUAGGUUAUAGAAUUUGGGAGGGAAAUUCUGUUAAGUAUCAUGGAUUUGAGGCCCUAGGAUCCGAGGCUAGGGUUUAAUCAAUGGUUGAGAGUAGUUGAUAAGAAUUAGUUAUGGAUUGUGUUUGUUUAGAAUGAGAUUUCAAGUGGUUUGUUUGUGUUUCUUUUGUGCUAAGUUUAGUGGAAAAAGUGAAAUGUAGGUGUGUUAGUUUAUGUCUCAAGAGUUAGAUAGGGUUUGAAUUUGAUUUGGGAGGGAAAAAACUAAUUAGGGGCAUUUGAGGUAUUUAGCUAGGACACGUGGCAGUUGUAGGUUAAAUGGUUAGUUAGUUUGUUAGCAAUGGUUAGAGAGUUUGUUAUAGGUGGUUUAGAGUACAAGUUAGUUAGAGUGUUAAUUGGUUAGAAUGGGUUUAGAGGCUUGGUGAACAAGUUAGUUACUAACUUGAGGUAUAGGUUAGAUGUAAGUUGGAAGUUCUGUUGAGUUAAGUUAGUAUAGUGUUAGGAUGGUUUAGUACUUAGGUUAAUUGAAUUGAAGGUAAGAAGUGAAUAAAAACAGUUAGUAGUUGAAAGUGUAUGAUGUGGAUGAUUGGCUUAUGAUGUUGAAAGUGUAUUGGCUUGAUGAUAUCUUGGCUUAUGUAGAUUUGUUUUUACAUGUAUGUAUUGUGAUUGAAUUAUGGGAUCAGUAUGUGUGUGUUUUUUAAUGAUCUUACAUGAUGAAAUGCUUGGUCUUGUUUCUUGCACUGUUAUGGAAUGCAUAGUGAGUUAUGUAGAUUUUUUCGGAAUGUGUAUGAACCAUAACAUGCUGUUUUGCUUGAGCUGAAAGUGGUAUGAUAGAAAUCAUGCAUUGCCUUGAUGCAUUAGUAUGGAUGCAUGCACGGAGGGACUGAAUACAUAUGCAUAGCUUGCGUCAUGUUUCAUUUGCUUUGUAGGUUUGUGUACUGCAUGCAUACUGAUGUGGAUCAAGCUGUCUUGAUGUGCUUUGCGUUGGCAUUUUGAAUAUACUUGUUAAACCUGCUAUGCUGAGAAUGAAGUGUAUAUUGGGAUGCAUUGAUUGUUUUGUUCUUGAACAUGCUUAUGAGCUGAUAUGCACAACUGAACAUGUAUGUCAUUAUGGAUUUGCCAUAUGGACUGGAUAUUUCUAAACUGAUGGAUUGGUAUUGAAUGCCUUCCAUUGAUUUUGUUUUGUUUAGAAUAACUGAGAGGUGUAUGCUAAACUAUCCUAAACAUGUUGUAGAUGUUUGCAUCUUUUUUUGGUUUGCACAUGGUUCAUUCUCUUGGUCAUAGCAUAAUGAAAGAAGUGUGCUGGCUGGAUUAUGUUGGACUGAGCAUUUUCCUUGUUGGCAGGUUUUGAAACAUGGUGCAUGAAGUCAUGGCAUGAGAUUUUGGAUGUAUGGCCUUAAAACCAUUAAACAUGAUGAAUUGAUGAAGAUCGUGGCGAAGUGCAAUGCUUGAAGGCAUGAGGGGAAAUAGGUUUUUAAAAAAAAAUGAAAUAUAUCUUUUAUCAAUAUCAAUUAUUUAUAUUUCACAUAUAUAUAAUUAUUUUAUGAGUAAAUAAAUUAAGACAUUAACUUUUCCAUUUCUUUUAUUAUACACUACAAAAAAGAAAUGAUUGGACCUAUAUAAUUUGUACAUUCUACACUGUCCCUACACGUUUUUUCAUUAUAUAAACUAAAGUAGAACCAUAUGCUUAAGAAAGAAGCAUUCUAAUAUUUAAAACAACAUAAUUAUUUCAUUACAGCUAGUAGUAGUCUUUGCUUUCAUGCUCACUUUUCACAAUCACGUCCCACCAUAUUGUUAUAUGGACCAUACAUUGCACUAAUAUCAAUUAUUGAAUCAAUAUUCCAUAUAUACAUUGCUUUACUAUUAUUACCACUGCCAACCAUUCACACAUCAGUCUUUACUAUCCAUUCACAUAGAUCUUCAUUUCCUUCAAACUUUUGUUAAUCAACAUGGCUGCAACUAUGAUUGGAAGUGCUUUCCUCUCAGCAACUGUUCAAACCUUAGUUGAGAAACUUGCUUCUAAAGAGUUUCUUGAUUACUUCAAAAACACCAAGCUCGAUGACUCACUCUUGGAACAGUUAAGAGCACCACUACUCACUCUUAAUGUUGUGCUAGAUGCUGCAGAGGAGAAGCAGAUCAACACUCCUUCUGUCAAAGACUGGCUUGACGGCUUGAAAGAUGCUGUCUACGAUGCUGAAGAUCUGCUCAACCAAAUCAGCUAUGAUUCCCUUCGAUGCAAGAUGGAGAACACGCAACCUGCAAGCAAAACUAAACAGGUCUGGAACUUCUUUUUUUCUCCUGCAAAUAACUAUGAAGAGAUCAAUUCCCAAAUGAAAAUAAUAUGCUUAAACUUGAAACAUUUUGCUGAAAAUAAAGAUAUCAUUAGCUUGCAAACUAAAAGUGUCAGAGUUUCUCAUAGAACACCUUCCAGUCCUAUGUUCGAUGAAUCUGUCAUGGUUGGUAGGAAAGAUGGCCAAGAGAAAGUAACAAACAUGUUGCUAUCAGAAAGCAAUACUAAUAUAGGCGUAGUUGCAAUUCUAGGCAUGGGAGGUGUCGGAAAAACAACACUUGCACAACUUGCUUGCAAUGAUGAAAAUGUUCAAAAGCACUUUGAUCUCACAGCAUGGGCUUGUGUAUCAGAAGAUUUUGAUGUUUUUAGAGUAACCAAAACUCUCCUUGAAUCUGUCACUAAAUCACCAUGGGAAACCACUAAUCUCGAUUUACUUCGACUUGAGUUAAAGAAAAAUUUGAGGGACAAAAGAUUCUUCAUUGUGUUGGAUGACUUAUGGAAUGACAGUUGUUCUGAUUGGGAAGAUCUUGUAUCUCAGUUGAUUUAUGGAAAAAAUGGAAGCAGAGUGAUCAUCACCACACGCCACAAAAAAGUGGCAGAUGCUGCACGCACAUUUCCUAUUUUUGAAUUAGAUCCUCUAUCAGAUGAAGACAAUUGGUCUUUACUCUCCAAACGUGCAUUUGGAAGUGGAGACUUUUCUGAAACUCAAAAGCGAAAUGUAGAAGCAAUAGGAAGGAAGAUUGCAAGAAAGUGUGGUGGAUUGCCAAUUGCUGCGAAAUCACUUGGAGGACUAUUGCGUUCGAAAGUAGAUCCUGAAGAGUGGAUUGAAGUUCUGAACAACGACAUAUGGAACUUAAAGGAUGAUAAUAUUCUGCCUGCAUUGCGCUUGAGUUAUCAAUAUCUUUCCUCUCAAUUGAAAAGAUGUUUUUCCUAUUGCUCUAUUUUUCCAAAGGACUAUCCACUUGAUAGGAAGCAAUUGGUUUUGUUGUGGAUGGCAGAAGGCUUCCUUGAUCAUUCUCAAGACAAAAAAACCAUGGAAGAAGUAGGUGAUGAAUGUUUUACUGAAUUGUUAUCCAGAUCAUUGAUUCAACAAUUGCAUAAUGAUUCUAGUGGACAGAAAUUUGUCCUGCAUGACCUUGUUAAUGAUUUAGCUACGGUCGUAUCUGAAAAAUGUUGUUACAGACUUGAAUUUGGUGCUAAGAGCUCUGAAACUGUUCGCCACUUGUCAUAUAUUAAAAAAAGAUAUGACAUUUUCAAGAAGUUUAAGACUUUUGACAAAUUCAAACGCUUGAGAAGCUUCCUUGGCUUUGACCCUGGAUGGGCAUCAAAUAAUUUAUCAAGAAAGGUGGUCGAAGAUUUGCUACCCACAUUUGGAAGGUUGCGUGUGUUAUCGUUAUCAAAAUAUAGAAACAUCACCAUGCUACCCAUUACAAUUGGCAAUUUAGUGCAGUUGCGCUAUCUAGAUCUCUCUUACACGAAUAUCGCAAGCUUGCCUGGCACCAUAUGCAAUCUCUAUUACUUGCAAACCUUGAUUUUAUCUUGCUGCUCAAAACUCACAGAAUUGCCUGAACAUGUUGGAAAAUUAAGUAAUUUGCGUCAUCUUUAUAUUGAUAGGACAAGCAUAUCAGAGAUGCCGAAGCAAAUUGCUGAACUAGAAAACCUUCAAACUCUAACUCUUUUUGUAGUAGGCAAGAAACAUAUUGGUUUAAGUGUUAGAGAGCUUGGGAAGUUUCCUAAGCUACGGGGAAAGUUACUCAUCAAGAACCUGCAAAAUGUCAAUGAUGUCAUGGAGGUAAGUGGUACCAACUUGAAGAGCAAAGAACAUAUUGAGGAAUUGACGCUAGAGUGGGGCAAGGAAACUGAUGACACACUUAAUGAAAAAAAUGUGCUUGAUAUGUUAGAACCAUCUACAAAGCUAGAGAAACUGAGCAUUGUAUCAUAUGGUGGGACAAGUUUUCCCAGUUGGUUUGGCGAUCCUUCUUUUUCUAACAUGGUGUCCCUCAGCAUUAGUAAUUGUGAGAAUUGCACGACACUUCCAUCACUAGGGCAGCUACCUUCUCUCAAGGACUUGCAAAUUAAUAGAAUGACAAUUUUGGAGACAAUUGGGCAGCAGUUCUAUGGCAUGGCAGCAGGAGGUUCCAGUUCUUCGUUCCAACCAUUUCAAGCCCUUGAGAAUUUGGAGUUUUUGUUCAUGGAAAAUUGGAAGGAAUGGUGUCCUUUUCCAGACAACAUGUUUCCUUUUCCUUGUCUGAAAACUCUGAAGUUAUACAACUGUCCCAAAUUGAAGGGACAUUUACCUAGUCAUCUUCCUUCCUUAGAAGAGAUUGAAAUAUAUAAUUGUGAUCAUCUCUUGGCAACACCACCUACUCAACAUUGGCUCUCCUCAAUAAAAAAGAUUCUUAUUGUGAAAGAUUCAGAUUCAAUAAGCAAUACUGUAAGGAACCAAUACUCAUUGCUCGAGAGCGAUUCUCCAUGUCUGCUGCAAACAAUACACAUAUGGAGCAGUCAUAUGCUAAAAUCUGUACCUAAAAUGAUUUUAAACAGCACUUGUCUUCGAGAAUUGGAUCUCAAUCAUAUUAGUUCUCUCACUACGAUUCCAACAAAUGGUUUACCCACUUCUUUGCAAUCACUUCGUAUUCAAAAAUGUGAGAACUUAACAUUCCUUCCUCCUGAAAUGUGGAGCAAUUACACAUCCCUUGUGACUCUUAGAUUAGACUACUGCAAUUCAAUUACCUCCGUCCCAUUGAAUUGUUUUCCUAUGCUCCAAAAUUUUUCCAUCUAUGAUUGCAACAGUUUGGAAUCUAUUUUUAUUUCAGAAACUUUGCCUUGUAGCUCGUCAGCCCUCAAAUCUUUUCAUGUCAAUUCUUGCGAGGAACUUAGAUCACUUCCUCAACAGAUGGACACCCUCACCGCUCUUGAAUCGUUAUCUCUAACGAAUCUUCCAAAUCUGAAUUUAUCAUUAUGUGAAGGAGCUUUCCUACCUCCCAAUUUACAAUCAAUUGGUGUUAAAUCUGUGAGAGUAACAAAGCCAGUAGCAGAGUGGGGUCUCCAAGGCCUUACUUCCGUGUCAUCAAUGAAGAUCGAAGGUGAUGAUAUAGUGAACAUAUUGCUCAAAGAGCCGUUGUUGCCCAUUUCCCUUGUGUGUCUAGAAAUCAACGGUCUCUCUGAAAUGAAAUCCUCAGAAGGAAUUGGACUUCGCCACCUCUCCUCUCUAGAAACCCUUUCUUUUAAUGGUUGUCCGGGGCUUGUGUCAUUGACAGAAAAAGCCUUUCCCUCUUCGCUGAAAACACUUAGUUUUUAUGAGUGUACAAGACUAAAGUCAUUGCCAGAAAAAGCCUUUCCCUCCUUGCUGAAAACACUUUCUUUACGCAAUUGUCCAAGACUAGAGUCAUUGCCAGAAAAAGCCUUUCCCUCCUCGCUGAAAACACUUGAGUUCAGCGAUUGUCCAAGACUAGAGUCAUUGCCAGAAGACAGUCUCCCUACCUCUUUGGAAGAACUGUUCAUUGGAGGUUGCCCAUUGUUAGAAGAAAGGUAUAAAAGGAAGGAACAUUGGUCCAAAAUUGCUCACAUCCCAGUCAUACAAAUAAAUGACCAACUCACAAUAUGAGCCAUGGCCAUUGAGAAGCCAAGAGAAUGAAGAAUUUCAAUUCUGUUUCAGGUAAUUUGGUAAUUCAAUUGGGUGUGUUUGUUCUUGUGGCUGACGUAGAUUGCUAGAAGACUGAGAUGAAAUAGAGAGCUGAAUUUGGUUGCUUAAGAAGGUUAUCGCCCGUUCUCUUCUCCAACAGUGCAACCUAUUGUGUUUCUCUCAGUUUUAUCUUAAUGUACCACAUAAAUGUUUAUAUGUUUUAUUUCUGUCUUAAUCAUGUGAAGACAUUUAUGAAUUAUAUUAUUGAAUGUAACCAUUACUACAGUGAGUGUGCUUUUAACAUGACUACAGAAUUAUAUACAAUUUAAGAAGCAAUACUCCUUGCUUGCUGUUACAAACUAAUGAUAUUUUUACAUAAAAAAUCAAACAAUGGAUUACUGUUUCUAUUUCUGGUGUCGAGAUCCAUUAAUUAAUUUAGUUCUCUGUUGGUUGAAGUAUGUUUAUAUGAAUGGGCUUAUAUAGGCAUGUUGAUGCAUAGAACAACAAACAACAUUGAAAUUUGGUUGCGGUCAAAUGUGGUUAUCCUGUGUCAAAGUUUAUACUAAAAACACGGUUACUUAAUAUAAGAUCGUUUUAAAAAUUUCACAGGCAUUAAUGAUUUAUUGGUUAAAAAGUUCUUACUAAGACUAGUAUUGGUCAGGCUCGACAAAGAAAAGUCUACAUCUUAGUAGGCCCGACAUUUGGUCGAUUGUGAACCGACAUGAAAGACCACAAAGCUCAUAAUAUUUCAACUUAAUUAAAAUUGAUAUCUGCUAUAGCUAUACAAAAGGUUAUGCCAGGUGGGGCAAUAUUAGCUACUAUGUCAUGCAUUUCUCUGUGAAUUUUACCUAGAGAUGGAAAGAUAAGGAGUUGCGGGAAGUGAU